AUGGUCAAGGAAACUAAGUUUUACGAUAUCUUGGGGGUUCCCCCGACGGCUUCUGAGGCCCAACUGAAGUCUGCCUACAAGAAGGGUGCUCUGAAGUACCACCCUGACAAGAACACAAACAACCCCGAAGCCGCUGAGAAGUUCAAGGAAUUGUCUCACGCUUACGAAACCCUCUCCGACCCCCAGAAGCGUAGCCUCUACGACCAGCUCGGUGAGGAGGGUCUUGAGCAUGGCGGUGCUGGCGGUGGUAUGGGCGCCGAGGACCUUUUCGCUCAGUUCUUCGGCGGCGGCGGUGGUGGUUUCGGCGGCAUGUUCGGUGGUGGCAUGCGUGACCAGGGCCCCAAGAAGGCUCGUACCAUCCAUCACGUUCACAAGGUCAACCUCGAGGAUAUCUACCGCGGUAAGGUCUCGAAGCUGGCCCUUCAGAAGUCCGUCAUCUGCCCGGGUUGUGAUGGUCGCGGUGGUAAGGAGGGUGCUGUCAAGUCGUGUACCGGCUGCAAUGGUUCCGGUAUGAAGACCAUGAUGCGCCAGAUGGGUCCCAUGAUCCAGCGAUUCCAGACCGUUUGCCCCGACUGCAAUGGCGAGGGUGAGAUCAUCCGUGAGAAGGACCGCUGCAAGCGCUGUAACGGCAAGAAGACCACCGUGGAGCGCAAGGUUCUCCACGUCCACGUUGACCGUGGUGUGAAGAACGGCCACAAGAUUGAGUUCCGCGGCGAGGGUGACCAAAUGCCCGGUGUUUUGCCCGGCGACGUCGUUUUCGAGAUUGAGCAGAAGCCCCACCCUCGCUUCCAGCGCAAGGACGACGACCUCUUCUACCAGGCCGAGAUUGAUCUGCUCACUGCUCUUGGCGGUGGUACCAUCAACAUUGAGCAUCUUGAUGACCGGUGGUUGACCGUGACCGUCGCUCCGGGCGAGGUCAUCACUCCUGGUGCUAUCAAGGUUAUCAAGGGCCAGGGUAUGCCUUCCUACCGCCACCACGACUUCGGUAACCUCUACAUCCAAUUCGAUGUGAAGUUUCCCGAGAAGGAUCAGCUCAAGAACCUCGAGUUGCUCGAGCAGGUCCUGCCUCCUCGCAUGGAGCAGUCCCAGCCCCCGCAGGACGCCAUGAUCGAGGACUUCGAGCUGGAGGACAUCGAUGGCAGCGAGACUUCUCAGGCUCGCGCACACGGUGCCGCCAACUCCAUGGACGAGGAUGACGAUGAUGUUCCUCCUGGCGCUGAGCGUGUGCAGUGCGCAUCGCAGUAA